AUGCAAGUUUUCGGCUGUGGGAACAAUAGUGGGGGUAACCUCGGAGAGCCACGCAGCUGUGGUAGAUACCAUAUCAGCGACACGCACCAAUGUGAGCACAACAACUACGGCAAGGACAGCCCCUACUGCCCCCUUUGGGCCUUGUCACCUAAGGAGGUUUUCCGCGCUACGCAGAAGAUCCGGAUCAUCUGCUGCGAAAAUGAUGUGGUUUUCUAUGACGUCGACGGAGAGUUGAAGCACCGCGGUGAUAACCCCCUCACACAACACUCGCUAGCAGAGGUGACACGGUCAUGGAACAUCGGCGCCCUUACCAGUGCGGCCCGACUGGCAGAUGGCUUUGCGUUUCUUAGUCAAGAUGGAACUCUCUCGACGGUCCGAGACACGGACGGUGUACACACGUUCCGCGGGACACCGAUCCAGCACAUUGCAACUAUGCGCGUUGACUCCUACAACCCGAAUCUUGUCUCGGGCGCGGUCGCCGUCGUGCUCAAGGACGACCCGCGCACCGUACUGUCCUUUGACUCCUGGAAGCCGUUCCGCUCUUUUCUCGAAUCAUCGGAACCCAGCGGCAGUCCUGUCUAUACAACAACCUUCUCCUCGCCCACUGUUCAACUAGCUGGUCACUUCACGGCUAUGACAGAAAGUGGUGAGGUCUUCGCGUGGGGAGACCUACUUCCAGAGCAACCCCCAGCCCCACCUGACUAUGACGAGGAUGAGUGGACGGAGGAGACGAAUGCAUACGCCUUCGAUGGUAAGCCGAUUGAGAAGUGGCCUUCGUGGGAACCAAGACUGCUCAAUUACGAGCCGAAGAGAGUGCCACUUCCGCCCAUUGCAACACUAUCAGUGGGCGCAGUAGGGAAUGUUGCGGUCUCCCGAUCGGGUCAAGUAUUUCUGUGGGGAAGCAGGAGAAACCAGUGGCCAGAGAUAGAAGAUCUUAACGAUGCCAACAGUGCGCAAUUCAAGGAAGCCCUCAUCCCGAAUGCGAAUGCUCCAUUGAAAAUCAAACGUGCCGCUGCAGGACGCAAUCACAUUGUUGUCCUUGCAGUAGAUGGAUCGCUGUGGUCUGUCGGUGAAGCGGUUCAUGGCCAGUUAGGGAUCGGUCUCCGACAGUUUGGAUUGUGCACCGAGGGACAUGUCAUUGAUAUGCUUGCCAAUGAGACGGAGGAGGAGUUUGCCGUGAGUUGGGAAAGAAUGGAGAUGGGAGCUUUGGCGGGUCUGGAAUGUGAAGAUGUGUUUGCUGAUGGGGAGAAGACCUUGAUUUUAACCUCAUCAAGGACAUGA